AUGCCGCGGCUCGCUGCGUGUGCGGGUGUGUGCGCACUCGGCCGCGCCGCGCCGCUGGGCGCGCGUCGCACGAGUGCGUAUGCCGCGUCCAUAUCCAGGGCGCGCGUGCCGCCGGCGCCCGUGCCGAACACGCCUCGCAUCGCGCCCUGGGCAGCCGCUCGUGCACUGGAACGCGCUGGGAAAGAGCCCGCGCUGACGCACGCAGAGGCGCAGCGCGUGUGCGCAGAGGUGCUCGAGGAACCUGAGACGUCAGCGGCUGCCGGCGCCGGCUGGCACGAUACGCUCCUGCGCUGCGUUCUGCACGUACCGAUCGGCGCGCCUCAGCGCGACGUGCUUCUGACAGCGCUCCUCGAAGGCAUCUGGGCGGCGCCCCACCCUAUUGGCCCCGGCACAUAUACGCGCCUGCUCCGCCGCAUGCGCGCAGACCCCAUGCCUCAUACCCGGCGUGCGAUGCAUGGACAUGUCUGUGCCGGGCACUUGCCUGACACCGCCGUGUGGCAGGCCCUGCUGCGGCUGCAUGCACACGCACACGACUGGGCGCGCAUGGACGAGAUGCUGCGGCUUGGUAUCGAGAGCAGCAUAUUGAGUGCUGCAGAUGGAUACCACUAUACUUUGCUGCGGCUUCAGCACGAUCCGUCGGCGCCGCAUCCUCGUAACAGCAUGGAUGUGCUGCUCCAGCACAUGCAGCAGAGUGGUGUGCGCCUGAACGACGCGAUGCUUGUGCGUCUCCUGCAUGCACUUGCCGCUCCGGUGCGCCGCGCAGCAGCGGCGCAUGUGGGCACAGAGCGCAUGGCGCAAAAGGUCGCGCCAGUGCAGCGCCUGGUCGAUGCUUUUUUCGUGUGGCUAUGCCACCACGACGCGCUUCCGCUCGCGGCAUUCCGCCGCUCACUCGCACACAUGCUGGAGCUGGAAUUACAGCUGCUCGCCGCGCAGCACCAGGCGGUCAUGAGCGAGGCGCGCCGCGCACAUCGGCCAUGCUCGCCGUUCCCAUCGCGCGCGAGCCUACAGAAAAUGCGGGCGAAGCUCGCCCUCGUGUCUGACACGCUCGGUGGCGACGACGGACUCCUGGAGCGUGUACAGAUCGCGAUGGACGCUACCAGCGGACGAUCUCGCGAGGCGGCGGCCAAGCUCCAGGCAUGGAUCGCGCGCGACGCCUCGGACAGCGCGCGCGAGCUGCAGCGCCGCACACUCGUGCUCAUCUUUUCGCAGGCAUGCCGGCAUGCACGCGCACGGCGCCUCGCGCCCAUGCUGGACGUUCUCGCGGCCGGCGUGGACGCGGACCUCUGGCGCGCGCCGACGACACGCACGACGGGACCGCCUGCGGCGACGCUCGUGCGGCUAUGGACGCGGUUUGUCGGCGCAUGGACGCACAUGAUCGGUGUGCGCCGCGGUCGCCGUACGCGUGCGCGUGUCGCUCAGGCACCCAUGGGCUGGCCCCUGCUUGCGCGUGCGCUCGACCUGCUCACCCGCACCGCGCCGCAUGUGCCGGCCACAUGGGCGCGUGUGUGGGACCACCCUGAGCGCUGUCGAGCCCUUGCGACAGCUGUGCGACAUGCGCCCAGCCCACCGCGCGCCGUCGCGCGCGUGGACGAGUGCCUACGCACCCUGCAGGUGCCGGCGCGCAUCCCCCGGACGUUCCACCAGGCGGUCGCGAGCGCCGCACGAUACCCAUAA